AUGGGUCAUUGGAGAGAUUUGUUUCGGUCCGAUCGUGGCAGGGCUCGGCAUCGUGUCGAGGUGGAACGUCGUCGGCCCUAUAGUGGUGAACAAUCUCAGGCCUCUGCAGCGUCGAAGGAAAUUGCCAAGGUCGCUCUCCGUCUGAAGUAUCAGAUCGAGCUGGUAGUGUCUUGCGAGGUGGAAGAGGCGGUUUUGACCGACCCUAACAGCCGCAUCAUCACGGACGAUGUGAUUGCAACUGCCAGACAAGCUGGCGGAGAAGACUACAAGGCCUGUGUUGUUUAUUGCCUUCUUGUCUGUCUGCGAUGGUUCAAGCUGCAGUCCAGUAUUGAACUCUGGGAUGCUGACCUCCAUGACCUUCGGGCUGUGGCUUGCGAGGUUAUUGCCAAGCGCAUCAUUGAAACCGAGCAGGAUCUGGACUAUCUGCUUCGAGACAUCUUGCUCAAGCGAUACUCUAUCUACAGUGAGGGUGUUGAAACUGAUCCAGCCAACGUUAUUGAGCGCUCGGUUGAUCUCCAUGCUCUGAGGAUCAUCAGCUCCGCUGGGUACCAGAAAUGCAUUGACUAUCUAUGGAGAGGUUGGAUAUGUCAAGAAGAGGGCAAUCCGACCAACUUUGUCGAUUACGAUGGCAAAUCCAAUACCAGCUACUGGUCCCAUUUCCAUCCCGAUAGAAUGAGGACUCCGCUCUAUCAGAAUACUUGCCAGAUCAUGUUCUCAUUGAUCUAUCUCGCAGUUUACACUGCUGUGAUCAAUACCGUGAAUCCGACUGGAGAUUUGGAUGUGGUCGAAGGUAUUCUCUACGGCAUGACUCUUGCUUUCAUCUGUGAUGAGGUGAUCAAGUUCUGGAAAGUUGGGUGGAACUAUCUCGAGUUCUGGAACGCCUUCAAUUCCACAUUGUACACCAUUCUCGUCGUCUCGUUGGUCUUGCGGUUUGUUGCUCUCGCGCAUUCAUCGUCGACACAGGAUGAGCAAAGGCGGCUGUACAACGAGCUCAGUUACAACUUCUUGGCUUUUGCGGGUCCUAUGUUCUGGAUACGCAUGAUGCUUUAUCUUGACUCAUUCCGCUUUUUCGGUGCCAUGUUUGUUGUGCUUCGUGUUAUGAUGAAGGAGAGCCUGAUCUUCUUUGCGCUUCUAUUUGUUGUGAUGGCUGGUUUCUUCCAGGCCUUCAUUGGCAUGGCCCAGGUGGAUGCGGAUGUACCCAUCCAAAGAAACAUUCUCCAGGGCAUGAUCAACAGCAUCAUGCAAAGUCCUGAUUUUGACACGUUCCAGGAAUUUGCUUUCCCCUUUGGUAUCAUCCUCUAUUACGUUUUCAACUUCAUUGUCAUGACCGUUCUCUUGAACAUUCUCAUUGCCUUGUAUAACAGUGCAUAUGAGGAUAUUUCUGGCAAUGCUACCGAUGAGUUUAUGGCAAUUUUUGCACAGAAGACCAUGCAGUUCGUUCGCGCUCCAGAUGAGAAUGUCUUCAUUCCACCUUUCAAUCUUGUUGAGAUUUUGUGCUUGGUAGCUCCGUUUGAAUGGUGGCUUUCGCGAGAGGCAUACGCCAAGUUGAACGACUUCGUGAUGGCCAUCAUCUACUCUCCUCUUCUGUUCUUCACGUCAUGGAUCGAGACGCACGAAGCCCACCGAAUUCGCUGGAACCGCCGCCAUGGCGAAGAUGACGAUGACUGUGCCCAGGAGUGGGAACAUGUGGCCCACGAUGUUGACUUCGAUCUCGAUGAUACUUGGAAGGAGCAGGUCGCCGAAUCUACUCCGGAUAUCAAGGUUGACAGUUGUACAUACGAGAUCCGUGAGCUGAAGGAGCAGGUCAGGGUGCUUACUGAGAUGGUCAAGAACUUGGCACAGGAGAAAGGCCAGGAAUGA